GUUUGAAGCAAUUCGUCAUAGACCGUCGUCGGCUUUUGCGUCAUCUACCUGCGACUUUGCAGGAAGAUGGCAUCGGUGGACUUAAGAGAUAACCUGCUGGGCAUCUCAUGGGUGGACAGUGGCUGGGUGCCCAUCCUGAACCCCACUAAUGUGCUGGAGUAUUUCUCCGAGAGGAGCAACCCUUUCUAUGAUCGCACCUGCAACAACGAGGUGGUAAAGAUGCAGAGAUUAACCUUGGAUCACCUCAAUCAGAUGGUAGGUGUGGAAUAUAUUUUGCUUCACGCUCAGGAGCCAAUUCUGUACAUCAUCAGGAAGCAACAGAGACAGUCGCCAACACAAGUGGUCCCCCUUGCUGACUACUACAUCAUAGCUGGAGUGGUGUAUCAGGCGCCUGACCUGGGAUCAGUCAUCAAUUCCAGAGUGCUUUCAGCUGUUCAUGGCAUCCAAUCAGCAUUUGAUGAGGCAAUGUCCUUCUGCAGAUACCACCCAUCCAAAGGGUACUGGUGGCACUUUAAAGACCAGGAGGAGAAAGAGAGGGUAAAGCCUAAAUCUAAGCGGAAAGAGGAGCCCAGUUCUUUGUUCCAGAGGCAGAGAGUUGACACACUGCUACUGGACCUACGCAAUAAAUUUCCCCCAACUUUCUAUCAGCCCAAACCAGGAGAAAAGCCUGUCCCAGUGGAGGUAAAGAAAGAGCCAGAAGUGCCUCUUGAGACUGCAAAGCCUCAAGAAGAGAGAGAGACAAAACCUCCAGCCCCACCUGGCCCUGCUCGCCCAGCCCCUCCCACCCCCAACAAACCACCACCUGAGAAACGUGCUCGCCUGCAGUGAUGCGCUGAUCAGCCACAGUGUGUGGUUCCUUACAGCCUUGCUAUAGCGUUGAAAGACUGCAUAAAUCACAUGCAGAUUCAACAUGCACACUCCUAUGAGCAGGUCUCAGCACCAGCUAACUAAAGGUGGACUGUAUUACGGUUAUUAUGGAAUUUUCCUCAUAAUUUAAUAGUAGUUUUUGUAUUAAGGGAAGUGCAUUUUCUCUGUUUUGUUUUCUGUAUUUCAGUGUUGCUGAGUUUUGUCAUUGUGCCAUGAGCUCUCUCACACACUGUUGAGUGAAGCUGAGAUUUAAUCAGGAGUCAUUUCUCCAGAACCUUUGUGUUGUCUAUCGGUAACUUGUUUUCAUGCAUAUGCUGUACAGAUCUUUUUCUGCUGAUUAAAGCUCAGUCUUUGUA